UCUGCUAUUCCUAUGCCUAUGCUUAUGACCGUCCUUUCUUUCCUGACGUUUUAAAUAUAAAGGUCUCCGUCUCUCGCGCUUUUUAAUUUCCUCUUCCUUCCAAAUUCAAAUCUUAAUAGAUUUCUUUGAUCUGAUCCUUCGGUUCCGGAAUUUUUAUAGGAACUUAAGAUUUUUUUUUCAAGAAAAAAACUCGGAUAAUGCUGAUUGGUUUCAUUUAAUUGUUAUUAAUUGAUUAAUUAAUUGAAGCCGAGGUUUCUCCUUCUUCUUUUGAAAUGGCUUCGACUCUUGAUCGGUGGGAAAAAGAUCCCUUCUUCGCUGUUGCUGAAGAAGUCCAGCAAUCUGCUGACAGGAUGGAAACGACAUAUAGGACAUGGAUACAUGCGAUAAAAGAUGGUUCUUCUACAUGGAAUUUAGAGGAACUUGGCAGGGAUCUACAUACUGCUCUUAGCACUACCAAAUGGCAGUUAGAGGAGUUUGAAAAAGCUGUUCAAUCGAGUUACUAUGGGAAUUCAAGUGAGGAAGCAAGAGAUCGGCAUCGUGAAUUUAUAGUAGCAAUUAAGAACCAGAAUUUAAAGAUUGAAAAAUAUUUACAGGAAUCAGCUAGUUCUGAGGGUAAGACACCAGUGCCUUGGGUGCAUUUGGAUGAAGGUGAAUGCAAUGAGCUCGCAUUAUUUUUGUCCGCACCGCCUCUACCCGGAGACAAGAAGCUUCCUCCUAAGGUUCAUGGUAGAGCUAGUGAUCUUCGGCGAGGAAUCAAUAGAGAAUCAGCGCCAGAUUUCUUGAAGAAUGCAAGUCAGUCUAUUGAGUUCAGCUCAUCUGAGGUUAACAACGAGAAGUCAUAUGGGCAUAGGAGGACAGCUAGUGCUAGUCCUGACAUUGGUGCUUGGAAGAUUGCAAUUGUUGAUGACGUUUUACAGCAAAACUCUUCCAAUGGUCAACGCUUUAUUCCACCACGAAGGGUGCCAAGCUCCAGUGCCCUGAGUUCCACGGAAUCUGCAGUCAAGGGGCAGUGGUCAAAGAAUGGCAUCAGGAAGUCGGCAACGGCUCGUCAUCAAGAGUCUGAUGCAGAGUUUUCGAGACCUCCUGAGUUGGCUAGGGGCAAUGAUGAAUGCUGUGAAAAGGGUAGCGGUUGUGUAGAUUGCAAUGAUAAGCAACCUAUUGGCUGGUACGGGGCUAUUAAAAGACGGCUUCAAAGGUCUAAGCAUCAAUUAAAAAAUAGUCGCCCCGCUCAAAUAGCAAUUUGGGCUUUCCUCGUUAUUUGCUUGAUUGUUUUGAUUGUAUUGCAGACAAUAUGAAAAGGACACGCAUAAUCUUGGACCGGCAAUUUACAGUCGGCGGCAAAUUAUUUGGUUGAAAGUGGUUUGAGGAGUAUAUGUUGUGCAUAUUAUGCUUUCAACGGAAUCUAUGCCCGGCUACAUCUUGGGUGAAGGUAGCAUGAUGGAAAGCAAGAGCACCUUUUCUUCCUGCUCUUUCCCUCCACUGCUUCUUGCCUCUUCCUUCCAACUUCAAUUUUUCCAAUGAAGGGCAGGGCCCUUUGUUCAGUAAGGAUCAGAGGGAUUCUAGAGUUGAACUGAGGCUGUCGGAUCAUUUAAUAAUAUGUCAUAAGUCCCUGUACCCUUCGUAAGUUUGAAAUUUAGUCCAUGUACUUUUAUUUUUAAGAAUUUAGUCUCUCUACUUUACCGGUUUAAAAAUUCAGGUCCAAUUAUUGGAAUUAUUUUGUUAAAUUCAGAUUCAUUACAACAUUUUUUUUAGUUAUAUUUGUACCAAGUGAGUAUUUUAAAUAAAAAUAUAUGGAUUAAAUUUUAAAUUUAUGAAGAA